AUGAGCAUAAACGAUUUGUCAGUUUUGACAUUAAACUGCUGGGGACUUUAUUUUAUUGCUAAGCAGCGAAAGACACGAUUAAGAGCAAUUGCAGAUGCAUUGAGUAAUGAGAAUCAUGACAUUGUUACGUUGCAAGAGAUUUGGAUGCUAGAAGAUUUUGAAUAUUUGAAAUCCAAAGUCGAGAAUGUUUUGCCAUUCUCCAAUUAUUAUUACAGUGGUGCCCUCGGUAGCGGUUUGGCUAUCCUUUCUCGGUUCCCAAUUGUUUCGACCUCCUACUUUCGAUACACCUUGGCAGGUCGACCACUCAAAAUAUUCCAUGGUGAUUACUAUGUAGGCAAAGGAUGUGCAUCAGCAUGUAUAAAUCAUCCGGAUAUUGGGAUCAUCGAAGUGUUUACUACUCAUCUUCAUGCAGGGUACGGAGAUGUCGAUGAAUACGAAGGUCAUCGUGUAACCGAAUCCUGGGAGUUGUCCAACCUUUUGAGAGCAUCUGCUGCCCAAGGAAGACAAGUUAUUGCUACUGGUGACUUUAAUAGCAUUCCUACAAGUUACAACUAUGCAUUGCUUAAAAAGCAUGCAUUCAUGACUGAUGCUUGGCUCGAAGCACACAGCGAGAGACUUUCACAGACUGGACUUGAUCCAGGCCAUCGUAGCCCUCACGAAUGUAUUCAACAUCUUGGAAUAACUUGCGAUUCUCCUGCAAACACUUGGUCUAAGCAUUUUCUUAAACAACAACCUCACUCCAAACAAGUCGGUGACCGUCUUGACUAUAUUUUCUACCGGCGUACUUCUCAAAUUACAUGCACUGGAUCUGUGGUGGCCAUGACAGACUAUAUUCCUGGUACUCAAAUGUGCUACUCAGAUCAUUUUGCAGUACAAGCAACCUUCUCAAUCAAUUCACAGCCUACGCAAGUUAAUUCGACAAGUCCGUCAGCCGUUCAAUUAUCCAAUCCUUCUUUCACCACCUUUCCUCUCUCAAUUGCUCAAGCUGUUCUGACUUUGCUUCGUCGAGACCAAGUCGCCACACGAAAGACAGCGUACAGACUUCUCUUAUUGUUUGGUGUUGCACUAAUUAUGUUGCUGUUUCUCUGUGUUUCUACCGUGGCAGUCUUACCAGAUUGGAUUGCUCCAAAAGACGAGAGUCAGCUUAAAUUCUUGCUUGGGAGUUUGGCAAGCAGUCUUGUGAUGAUUAUCUCUGCUGUUAUCGCUACAAUCUGUGUGGUUGUCGGUUUUGUAUUUGGGCACACUGAAGAACGCGCUUUGAGACAGUUUAUCGAAGAAAUUCAGCUUUUGGUAGCUUCCAUCCAAGAAGACAGCCGAUCGGACGCUCCAUUUGUACACCUAUCAAAUCAAGCGAGCGACAAUCCUUCACGUGAGACAUUUUAUAAUGAAUUCAAUGAAAGAACAAGGCUUUUAGAUGAUGCUUGAGAUCCAAUACCUCCUUAGUUUACUAGCCCAAUAUAUUUAUUAUUAUUUUAUAAAUGUAUGAAAAAAACUACAUUAAUAUUUUGUUUAUUUGAUUCAUAAUGUACUAUAGAAGUAGAAUAUUUUCUCAUGUCUUUCUAAAAUAAAAGGGCAAUGUCAUGAU